AACUCUGGAAACAGCCCAUGGUGGUGUGGCAUGAUAGGAGAGGUCUUUCCCAUUGUAUGUAUGCGUGCGUGUGUGAUAGAGAGGGGGAGAUAGAUAGGGCGAGAGAGAGAGAGAGAGAGAGAGAGAGAGAGAGAGAGAGAGAGAGAGAGAGAGACUUGGCGCACAAUGGCGGAAAAUUUAAGGUACAUUGGCGAAUGCUCUGGUUCCUUAUCCGGGGACUACAUAGCCCCAUGCCAUUGGGCCAUCAUAUCACGUGGUAAAAGUAACUUUACAGGGUUGCUCGCUAGUAGGAGGGCUUUAUGGAGCAGAAAAACGACAAAGCUAGAAAAAUUAUUUUCCACUCCAGAAAUUAAUGAUCAUGAGCUCGUAUUUGAUGGACUCUAACUACAUCGAUCCGAAAUUUCCUCCUUGUGAGGAAUAUUCGCAAAAUAGCUACAUUCCCGAACACAGCCCCGAAUAUUACAGCCGUGCAAGGGACAGUGGCUACCAGCAUCACCACCAGGAGUUAUACCCUCCACGGGCAAGCUACCAGGAGCGUCAAUACAACUGUGCAAGCAUCCCUGAACCUGAUACUCAAAGAGGACAUGGACUGCCUCAUGCGGGGCACCUGCUCGGAAAAGGGCAAUCUGCCUCAUGUGAGCCCCCACCGUUACCCCUAUCUCCAGCUACCCCUCCGGCUGCAUCCUCCGCCUGCAAUCUAGCCACCCCGGAGCAUCCCAACAGCUCAGCCUCUGCCAAACAACCCGUGGUGUACCCAUGGAUGAAGAAAAUUCACGUCAGCACCGUGAACUCUAGUUACAAUGGAGCGGAACCCAAGCGGUCUAGAACUGCUUACACUCGCCAGCAAGUCUUAGAAUUGGAGAAGGAAUUCCACUAUAAUCGGUACUUAACACGGCGAAGACGAAUCGAGAUUGCUCAUUCCUUGGUCCUCUCGGAGAGGCAAAUCAAAAUUUGGUUUCAGAACCGCAGGAUGAAGUGGAAAAAAGACCAUAGGCUGCCAAACACCAAAGUCAGAUCCUCGUCUUCAACGGGCAUUUCCUCUGGGUCCAACACAAGCUCAACGGCUGGCGUUGUGGCGGCAGCUUCCACCACUAACACCAUGUCAGCCUCCGAAGACCUCUCUGGAACAGAGCGUGGCGAGGAUAUUACAAGGUUAUAAGAGAACUAUUUCAAGGAGAGAAGGGGAGAUCAAAAUGACUGAUUAUUGAUCAAAUAUAAUAUAUUUUGUUUUCGUAGGUAUCUUGUGCAUAAAGGGGAUUCCUUUCAGUCCACAGUUAUAUAAAAUGCAUGUUAUAUAGCAUGGAUUACUGCGAAUACCUAUGGAUUAUUUUUUACGCAAAACAGGGUUUAAUUUAUUAAAGCUGAAUCAAUAUGAUGUUUUUCCCAGGAGUAGUGUUUUGGACGAAGCAGGUUAUGGACAUUUUAUUCAAAUGAUAUUUGUGGGCCCUUCUUUGCUCAGCUGCCAAGGUGAAGUGCACAACUGAUCUAUUUAUUUCUCGCUCGAGAGAGGGGAUACUUUUUUGUACUGUAAAUGAAAAACAUUAUCGUCGAUAUCGAUAGAAAAUCUUAAACGUCUUUGUUUUCUUUAAAAAUACAACAUGCUGUGGAUUAUCUGUCGUAUGGAAAGGUUACGAUUUUAAAUUAUCAUUUAGUUUUGUUGUGAUGGCGUUGUGUUUAGGCUAUUAACAGCAGAUUGUUGUUAGAUGCAAUAAAACCAGUUUAGUGUAUUUGUGCUAAUUAUAUUGGUCAAUAAAACGUGUCUAUUAGUUUUA